CUUUAGCGGAACCAAGUAAAGACUUUUCCCUGAAACGCUUAAGGACGUGUUCCCUUCUUUUGUGGUUGGCGCUAGGCUCAACUUCAGUUGGAUUCAAGGAGCUCGUGCAAGCAAGAUUCAAAUCAGAGUUUCAUGCCAGCCUUGUUUGCAAACUCAUUCGCUGCAAGCACUAAGCCUAGUUGAUUUGCGCCAUGAUGUCUGGCAUGACCUUUCUCAGGUUGUUGUUCUGUGGAAUUUUCGCAGGAUGACAUGCGCUGCAACAUUGUGCCUGCAAUGCAGCAACCCAACAGGCAGUGUGUUUGCGCGCCAGUUCCUGGAAGUGGCUGGGAGGAUGUUUCGCUCUUUGCUGAAGAGAUGGACGUCUACGUGACCUACCUGCUCAUUGGUGUGGACAACACCCUUGGCACUGAGGAUCGCUCUUUGCCCCAAGAAGUUCCGUUCAGGCAAGGCUCCAAGCCUGUCCGCCGACUGUUGCUCCGUGUGAAUGCGGAGAAGUUCGCCUUGCUGAAGCACUUGGCGAUUCCGAUGUGUGAUUAGGUGCAGACUCCAAUGUGUGAAGACUGAACAGUGACAGGUGCUUGGUGGCAAACGACCGCCACUUGUUGUUACCUCUCUCUCAAC